ACGACGAAGGCGCUGCUGAGACGCUGUGGAGAGUUUCAGUCCUUUCACUUCGCUGUCACAGCGCUACUAUAGCGCUACUGUACUGACUAUACUUUAUUAUGCAAUUCGUCAAGAUCAACCACAGGAGCAGCAGCAACCCUUUACACACGCAGAAAAUAUGAAAUAGUGUGUAUAUGUGCCUCGCCAGUGCAGCUGCAUUGACGUGAAGCUGGUCAAGCCUUGCGGCACAUGAUGGCGUCGAAGCUCACAGCUACUGUGCGUGCAGUGGGCUCCAAGCGGCUCAACGUGCCACAACGGGCCGCGCUCGUACUUACCAAAACAGCGGUGGAUCGCGUCAAGACUUUGCUAGCCACAAACAAAGACUUCAUUGGGUUGCGAGUUGGCGUUAAACAUCGGGGCUGCAAUGGCCUUACGUACGUUUUAGACUACGCCACUGAGAAAGGCAAGUUCGACGUUGAAGUGCAACAGGACGGAGUCAAAGUUUUCAUCGACACCAAGGCUCAACUAACACUUCUCGGCACAGAAAUGGAUUACGUUGAGACAGAGCUAUCCAGCGAAUUUGUUUUCAACAACCCUAACGUCAAGGGUACCUGCGGUUGCGGCGAGAGCUUCACUGUGUGACCUUUAAUGUGUUUUGAUGCUUGGGUGGUAGAGAUUUUUUUUUUUUUUUUUGAAUAGAAUAAAUUAUACUGUUUCAUUUUCUU